AUGGCGGGUCUGAUACGGGGCAGCAUGUCAGCUGAGCCUGAAAGAGGCACCCUGCUCCUGCCGGGCGAAGUGGUGGCCGCCGCAGGGGCCCUCCCAGCCCCCACCCCCAGCCCUACUGCCCCCCGGCUGCUUCAGGAGCUGCCCUCUGAUUUGCGGAGCGCGGCCGCCACCGUGGGGGCCCCGGCGCUGGUCGGCCGGGGGCAGUCCCGGAGCCAGAGGCGGCCCAGGGCCCCGGCAGGGAGCCCCGACGCUCUGCUCCUGCGGCCCUCGCCUCCGUGGCUCAUCCGGAAUAACAAAGCCCUCGGGCUGUGCGAGAACGGGGCGGAGAAGCCUGAUGACCAGCUGGCAGCAGCCCAACCUGCUCCCACCCAGCAGCCCCCCCCACUGCCUGCAGCCAGGACCCUUCAGCCGGGAGGGGCCAGUCCCGGGGGCAUCCCAGGCUCCCGGGAGGCUCAGCCGCCCCUCGACGGCGGCCCUGGACGCCGGCAGACGCUGUCCAUAGCCCCCGCCCGGCAGCUGAGCCUGGUCAUUGACGAGCAGCCCUUUGUGGACGCCCCGAAUGCUGGCUUCCCGGGGCCCAGGCUCACGGAGGAGACGUGCUCCCAGCCGCCCCUUCCCGGCCGGUCCCAGGGAUCCUUCCGAGGGAGUCUGGGCGCCCGCUGUGGCCUGCCUGCCCGCCCGGUGCUGGGAACGUCUCCCCCGCCCGCCUCACUGCUCGGGUCACUCUUCACGUCGACCCACCCUUUCCUGAAAAGCUCCUUUACUUUGAACGAAAACCCGACGUCCACCGAAGGUGCCCUAGCGGCCAGUCUCCGCUCUCGACAGCACCCCACCGUGCUCUCUGCCGCCUCCAGUCGCCUCACCUGCCUCAGGAGCGCGGCCGACGCCGGCCACGGUCUUCCGGCCGCCGCUGUGCCCAGCCGGAGGAAGGCCAGCUGGGGGAGCGGGCGCCGGCCCCCAUCCUCUGGACCUUCCACGGCGGGCAGCAGCGGCUCCAUGGAGACGCCCCCACCCCCCAAGCGCUGCCCCCGGCCUGUCCCCCCGCGCCCCCUGGCACACGCUGACGCCGACCGCGUGCCGGGAUGCUGGGCCCUGACCCUACAGAGGGAAGCGAACACGGCCUCCGAGCCUCGGGCCCUGACCGUGGGGACGCUGGCGGGCGCAGACAGGGCACGGCUCCCGCUUGGGGCCACCGUGCUGUACCCCCUGCGAGCCUCAGCACAGCCGCAUGCGCUCUUCACCGCAACGCCUAACGAAAUCUCUCACCACCCUAAAAUCUCCCCGCGCGUCGCCCCUGCACUCCCGCCCCAGCCCCCCUCCAAGCGCCGGCGGCCACUGGCCUUCGCCAUCUUCGUGGGGCUCAGACAGAAAUACCGCCUGAAGGCUGAAAAUGAAGCUCGGCAAAACUGGGCCCAGAACUGGGGAUUCCUGACAACCCCUCUGGAGGAGUUGGUCAAGAGCCAGGAGGAGCCCUCGGCCGCAAAGCCCAGGAUCCAGCUUCCUCAGCGGUUCCACAUCCGGCCAGUGACCCCGGUGGAGAAAUACAUCAAGGUCCUUCCGUCCCCCCCCAUCCCGAAGACCACCCAGGGCUUCAUCGGCUGGAGAUCCGGGGUGCCGGGCCUCAACCAGAGCCUGGAGCGCAGAGACGAGGUCAGGAGCUGCAAAGGGGCCUACGCCCGUGAGCUGAACUGGCCGAAGCAAGGCAUCUACUGA